AUGACAGGAGAGGAUAAUGUUCGAUGCCACAUCAUGCUCAAGGUGAAUUCAUCUUUACAUUGGUGCACUCUAUUGGGUCUGCGUUCGAUACACAGAUGGUUAUACGUUGACUGGUGAAGUGGGGGAAGUGUUUUUCAAUGUCACAUUCUGUGUGUGUGAGCGUACACACUGUGAAUGCAGGAUAAACUACACAUCAGCUAUUACUGUAGUCUGUGUGUAUGAAAGGGUGUGAUACCAGGAUUUCUUCGUAAAAUCAUUGCUGUCCCUUAUUUAAAGGUAGACUCAGCGAAAUGAUGUUGCCAAGAGCAGCACCGCAGAUAUUGCGAUGAGCGCGAUGCAAGACGUUGCUCACACACAGUAUCUGCGUAUGUGUGCAGGUUCUAUUCCCGCUGCUACAAGGCGUUAGCUACGGGACCAAGGCGUUAGCUAUAGGACCAAAACAGCUGAGAAGUUUAGCCUUGCGCUCUUUAUUUGACCCACUAUGCUGUUUACUUUGUGCAUCUACGUCAUCUCGCUGAGUCUACCUUUAAUACUUUAUAUGAAAACUUUUCAUCAACUGGGACACUUUGAGGUCAAGGUGGACUUGGUAAGUGACACACUACGAGAUCUGAGACAGAAGCUCUCUGGUGAAAGUGACACACUACGAGAUCUGAGACAGAGGCUCUCUGGUGAAAGUGGAAUCCCAGCACAUGUCCUCCAUUACAAGUAAUCUUAUGUUCAUUCAUUAAUUUAAUCGUUAAGGAAUUUGUAAUACAUUUGAUAGCAUAAAAAACACAUACAUUUAAAAACCUCAGCACAUCUAAUGUUUUGACUACCUAUAGUGUCAAUACAACUUUUUCUCUCACACAGCAUCACUAGCCACGAUAAGCCGUCAUUAUUAAGUCAGUAUUGAUGUUUCUGCAGAAGUGAACUCGGUGGAGUUGGACAAACUUUGCUAGAUUGUGGAAUCACUGAGGAGUCAACUGUGGGAUUUUCUUUGUCCUCCUUCCCUGAUGAGCGUCCAGACACUACGGAAUUCUACUUGAAUGAUGUCGUACCCUCAGUGGAACAAACCCAGAAAGGACUCAGUGCUUUCUUUUCUUCACUAUAUACCAUUGUGAGAUAUUCCAAUAUUUACACUGUCUUGUCAUGUUUGACCAUGCUCAGGCAAACCGUGCAAUGGGGUUCCUUUGUCUCAUUGGUUCUGACAUGGACUUUGUCCCCUGCUAUAAUACAUUCGAUGCUUUCCCCCUAAUCUUUACAGAACAGUAGAGAACAACGUUCUGGAGAUGGAUUAAACAAAGUGACUGCAUACAUUCGAAAGCUCAGUGGGUGCAAUCCUUUGGCCCAAAGUCUGCAUCAGCUGUUGUGCAGAAAUGAGAUUGGAACAAGGACCCAGAAGGUGAUAUAUAUUUUGUCACAAAAGCGUACACAUAUAAUAUAAUUUAAUACGUCCACAAAUGGAUUCAUAAAAUGUUUACAUUUGUUUUAGGUUGCUAUCGUUGAAGGAUUGUACAAUCUCUUCAGAGAGCUGUUGCCAAGCCCCCACAAAAGAAGAGGUGACAAGAUCAUUGAAGACUGAGGUUUUUGAGAAUGCACCAGUGUGCUGGGCCUACCUGUUAUCUGAAGCAAAGGUAUACCCAUUGUGUUUUGAGAUGCUGUUGAUUAAAGAUGUUCCUGCUGUAGCCUAAUGAAACACGUUAAUAAAUAACUUAAAUGGGGAAUUGAGAUACUGCACCUUGACUUUACAGCCAUAACACUGUGUACAUAUAUCAAACAAACCACUGUGUGUGAAAAAGACUUUUGACCGUUCUAUCUACCCUAGAAAGAGAGUUCACAACAUGAGGUCAAUGUACCGAUAGACUUGACCUCUCGACCAGGAGAGCGCUUCUGCGACCCAGUUCGAGUACCUGGGUUACCAGAUGUCUUUGAAAGAGAGUAUGUUCUGCAGAAAGUCAAAGGUAAAAUGAAACAUCAGCAAACUUCAGUGUUUUUUAAUAGUUGUAUGUAGCAUGAUCUCUAAUUGCAUUAUAUACUGUUUUCCCAUUGUUAAGCUGGAGAGAAAAUCCUAAACUGCUCUGUGGAGAUCCUGACAGAGACUUCAAUGUCUAGAGCCUCUGAUGUUGAAAGGAUUUUGCUCAGUCUGCCUCCAUUCAUCAAAACAUUCCCUAAGUGGGCUUCAUCUGGACUUGUGACUGGCCAAAAGCAUGAUUCCUCUUUACAUUGCUUUUAUCACACAAUAAAUGUGUUGAUAAUAAUGCUAAAUGUUGAAUAGAAAUUAAAGCUUUCAGAUUGAUCUCGAUGACACAUUUGCCAAGAUGAAGGAAAAAGUGAAAGAAUACGUUAAUCUCACGGUGACUCCAGCAUUACAGUUGAAGGAUGUUGGAGUGAAUGGGCCACGUCUCGUUCUCUUGGAAGAAAGUAGGCUACUGUGCCUUGUUUCCCAAAAUAUUUGUUAUGAUAACUAGGAUAAUUUGAGUCUUGGUACAAUGCAUCAGGGCCAUUCCGUGUGAAUCUGACCAAUGUUUUAGAUAUUCCUGCAAUGAAAUCUAUUGAAAUGUCCUUAGGGAGAAGGAUGUUAGCAUACAUUUGAAAAUCUAAAAUAAUGAUUGGGAAAUAAUGAACUAAAGUUGUCCAAUGUGUUGAUAUUUUGGACUGUACCCAGGCCUCUUGGAGGAUGCUACAUAGUCUGUGUUGGUGUCAUUUCAAGUUUUAUUGUCACGUGCACAAGUACAGUGACAUGCCUUAAUUGCAAGCUCUUUCCCAACAAUGCAGUAAUCAAUAUCAGUAGUUCUAUAAAAUAAAGUCAAGUAGAACAAAAACACACAAAAAACAUUUGAAACUUUAAGUAGUGUUUAGAUGUUCAUUUUUGAGUGGGCUCUGCUUAUGAGUUAUGAUCCAUUUUAGGAGAAUAGAAACGUUCUGCCGCGGCUGUCUAGUUAUUGUAAAUGCUGGACUAUUAUUGUCAUUUGAUUGUCAUCUAAUGAUUGGUUGCAGGUUGUUUUUUGAGAAAUACUUGUUUGUUGUAUUUUAACAAAUGCCUCUCCUUGACAGAUAACCUUGGUGUUUACAUCUGUAAACAAAAAGGAUCUCCUCAGGAUAUCUACGUUUUUGAUUGCUUAGCUAUGAAAUUCAAAACGUUUAAUGUGGACGAAUUGGCAAAUGCGUAAGUACCUCAUCUGAAAAUGAGUCAAAUACUUUGUUUGCGAUGACAUGAAGCAUCACAAUAACUGUUGGGCUGUUCAUGAAGAAAAACAUUUGAUCAACUAACGAACUGAACUAUCUUUUCCAUCAAACUUCUGGCCUUAAAGCUGGAAUCCUUAAUUGAAACGAUAACAAAGCUGAGGGAUGGGCCUGGAGUAGUGUAACCAUUCUCAAAUUCAAAGCGAGCGCUAUGUAUGGAAGGACUGACCAUCCAUGACAUGAAAAUUAUAGUUGUAACCAUGUUUUGAGGCUAUACAGUGUUUGUUUACAUUUACUUUGUUUACAAACAUUGGAGUAAAACAAGCUUAUAUGUUGGGUUCAGAUGAGAUGACGACAGUUGAACUAAGCUCAUGAGGAAUUUAUAAGUUAUAUUUUUCACGAAUAAAUGGGUAUAUAUCAUUAAUUUAUAUGUCCAAAAAUGGAUGUAGCAACUAAGGAUUCUAGCUUUAAACCUGAUCUACCUCAUCCUGUUAAAUUGUAAUGGACAUGAAAAGUGAAAUGUGCUUAACUAUUCUUCAGACUUGUGAAAUGCUGUAUAAUGUAGGUUACCUGGCAGCAUAACCAGAUUCAUUAUUUAAAAGGUAGGGUACAGGGCUGAAUUGCUUUCAUAAUCAAAAAUUAAAAUGCACUACUUAGACAUUUCUGAAAGCCAGUCCAUAAUAUAGUUCUACCUAUUGAAAGCCAGCCCAUAAUAUAGUUGUACCUAUUGAAAGCCAGUCCAUAAUAUAGUUCUACCUAUUGAAAGCCAGUCCAUAAUAUAGUUCUACCUAUUGAAAGCCAGUCCAUAAUAUAGUUCUACCUAUUGAAAGCCAGUCCAUAAUAUAGUUGUACCUAUUGAAAGCCAGUCCAUAAUAUAGUUGUACCUAUUGAAAGCCAGUCCAUAAUAUAGUUCUACCUAUUGAAAGCCAGUCCAUAAUAUAGUUGUACCUAUUGAAAGCCAGUCCAUAAUAUAGUUCUACCCAUUGAAAGCCAGUCCAUAAUAUAGUACCUAUUGAAAGCCAGUCCAUAAUAUAGUUCUACCUAUUGAAAGCCAGUCCAUAAUAUAGUACCUAUUGAAAGCCAGUCCAUAAUAUAGUUCUACCUAUUGAAAGCCAGUCCAUAAUAUAGUUGUACCUAUUGAAAGCCAGUCCAUAAUAUAGUUGUACCUAUUGAAAGCCAGUCCAUAAUAUAGUUCUACCUAUUGAAAGCCAGUCCAUAAUAUAGUUGUACCUAUUGAAAGCCAGUCCAUAAUAUAGUUCUACCUAUUGAAAGCCAGUCCAUAAUAUAGUUGUACCUAUUGAAAGCCAGUCCAUAAUAUAGUUGUACCUAUUGAAAGCCAGUCCAUAAUAUAGUUCUACCUAUGGAAACUCCUAGAAGUGAAUGAUAUUUCUAUAGGUAGACUAUUGUUGCAGCUACAGCUCAUGAUGUCAACGUCAUGUUUAAGAUGUCUUUACUGACUUUAUUCAAUUUCAACGAUGCAAAAGAUACAGAAGUGCGUUGGACAACAAAACCAGCAAACCUUUGUUAAACGCAUUCAACCAGAUCACUGGAAAUGACACAGAGAAGAAGACCACCCUUGACCAAGCUCUGAGGCAGGUCCUGGAGGAGCAGAUUGUGGAAAAGAAAGCACUCGUCGAUGACUUCCUGUCUCUCAUCUAUCUCAGCAUUGAUGGAGUCACUGAAGGUAUCUGCUCCGCCACCACUCCUUUCCUACUGUUGGGAGAUGUUCUGGACUGUCUUCCUCUGGACCAGUGUGAUAAGAUCUUCUCCUUUGUUGAAGAGAAUGUCUCCACCUGGAAGUCUAACUCCUUUUACACUGCUGGGAAGAACUACUUGUUAAGGAUGUGUAAUGAUCUUUUGAGGAGGUUGUCCAAGUCUCAGAACACAGUCUUCUGUGGACGGAUCCAGCUGUUCCUGGCUCGUCUCUUUCCCCUGUCUGAGAAAUCAGGUCUGAACCUGCAGAGCCAGUUUAAUUUCGACAACAUCACAGUAUUCAACAAAAAAGAGCAAGAGGGCACUCUUGGCCAGAAGCCCACAGAGGAGAAAGAGGAUAGGAUGGAAGUGGAGGAGGGGGAGAUGGGAGAUGAGGAACUUAGUGCACCUGCUCCAUGUUCCAUCCCUAUCGACUACAACCUAUACAGAAAGUUCUGGACUCUGCAUAACCCCUGUUCAGUGUUAUGACAAGUUCUCCUGGAUGACUUUCCUCAAGUAUUCAGACGAGACGCUGGCAGUGUUUAAAAGCUUCAAGCUGGACGACAUGCAGGCUUCUAAAAGCAAGCUGGAAGAGAUGAGGAUGGCAGGAGGAGAACCACGUUUACUUUGCCAAGUUCCUCACCAGCGAGAAGGUUGAUGGACCUGCAGCUCAGUGACAGUAAUUUCAGACGACACAUCCUCCUGCAGUACCUUAUCCUGUUCCAGGACCUCAAGGGACAGGUCAAGUUCAAAAGCUCCAGUUGUAUCCUGAAUGAUGAUCAGUGUUCAUGGAUGGAGGAGACCACCUACGUUGUGUACCAGGUGUGUGUGUGUGUGUGUGUUUUUCAUCUGAUAGAUUGUAAAUGACUGUUCUAUAUCAUUACCGUUUUAUAUCAUUAUAUCCUCUUAGUAUGAAUAGAUUGUUUUGAUAUCCUUAGAGAUUGAAAGUGGUGUUAGGUUCAAGCUCUUUGUGUAUGAGAAGUGUAAUUAUUUAGUGAACUAUAGGAAUGUGUGCUCCCAAUAACUCAAAGCCUCUCCUGACUGAUAAGAAGUCUUAUGAUAUGCACGGAGAAAUCCUGGGUGAUGGGAAAAGUACUGACGUAUAUCUUUGCGGAAGGGAGGGUGUGAGAGCUAAGGUUAUAAGUGGACACUGCACUGUAUUGAAUGUACACCGUGGGCCCCGUGUAGCUCAGUUGGUAGAGCAUGGCGCUUGCAACGCCAGGGUUGUGGGUUUGAUUCCCACGGGGGGCCAGUAUGAAAAAUAAACAAAUAUGUAUUCACUCACUAACUGUAAGUCGCUCUGGAUAAGAGCGUCUGCUAAAUGACUAAAAUGUAAAAUAAUGCCAGACGUGAUGUUCCAUGGCACUUUUAUUCCUGAUUGUAUGUUUUAAAUUUUUCUCCAGAAUGAGAGACAUCAGAAGUGACCUGACCUUCAUGACCACCAGGACUCCUAAAGAGGCCAUACUGGUAAUUCAAGAUAUUCUGAUAUAUAUUGUGGCAGACCAGGGGGUUUGAUCUACACAGAUCAGACACAAGUGUGACACCUCAGUUUCAAGGGUGUUUAUUUAAACCAAUAAAGAAAAGAAAAGAUACAGGUCCCCUCCAGGAGACCUCUUCCGGGUUACCGCCUUCUGGGAAUGCUGUCUCCUUUGGGGUAGAACACCGAGACCCUCGGUUCUAGCAGACCAUGAGGACGUCUAUCCGGUAGCAACCUCUCACUACCUCCAACCCUCCCGUGUGCUGCCCUCCUGGCAGCCCCGUGCGGCUGGUGAGCAAUCAGCCCCUUGAUUACUCACCAGCCUCAAUCGGCCCCAAUUAGUCCUGGCGGGAGGACCCGUUGAGACCUGGCACGUCCAGCAUGAGGGAGCCACCGCCGCGUGAUGUAGACUCAGCCUGGUGGCUUGUCCGCGGUACGCCACAAUAUAUAAUUAAUGAUAUUUAUAUUUGCAUAUAUUUAUAUUUCUGCAUCUAAGCUAAGGUCAGUUUUGACACUUGGCAAGUUUGACCCCCUACUAUGGCUCAAAUUAUGAGAUGUUGGCAAACACCAAGGAGCAGCCAAUGGUCUUACAGAUAGAUACCUUGAAUGAUAAAGAUGCUAGCCAAAAACGAUCAAUGUUGGUGUAAUAAAGGUAUACAAUAUAACAGAUAGUUAGCUCCUCCGUUUUGUUAUAGCUAAAUAAUACUUCUCCAUCCAACCUUUUAGGUGCUAGUGGAUUCGAGCUCCUCCAUGAACGAGACAUGCUAUGAUUCUGAUGACAAAAUAACACGGUUGGAUGCUGUUAAACAGCUCUUUGAUAACUUCGCAACUAGAAGCAUGGCGUACGAUUUUCAUAAUGUCAUUGGCUUGGUGAAGUUUGACUCAUCAGUUAAAACUCUCCACACAUUUACAGAGACUCUGGAGACCUUCAAGGUAAAUAUAUUUGAUCAUUUCUAUUUUAUGAAUGCAAAAUGGCGACGGGGGUGAUUUUAAUAAGAUCCAUACAAGUACUUACUGUACUGAGAUCACAUACGUACUCCCCUCAAACCUGUUUCAAGACUGAAACUGAGUCUCAGCGAUAUGACGUUGCCACGAGCAGCACUGUACAUGUUACAGAGGAGUGUGAUGCACUAAGAUGCACUCACAGAGUAUCUGCACGUGCAUGGGUGAGCUUCAAAUUGUCCAGAUGUUGUAUCUUACGUGUGCGUUGCUGACGCUACCGGUCAGUCAGGGAUUGUGUGGCAUUUAUGAUAUAAUUCUUUAGCAUGCAUCUGCAAACGUCAUAUAAUAUUACUUACAUGUAGAUAUUUUUGGCACUUACAGGAACACAUACACAAUCUGGAGGUCAAUGGAUGCACUGUGCUGUAUGAUGCCUUGAAACGUGGCAUGUCACAACUGAAAAAAGUUGGAGAGCAAUUUCCAGACUGCAGACUUCGCAUCAUAUGUCUCACAGAUGGGAAUGAUGAUGGGUAAAUAGAAUGAUACUUUUUCAGUGCGUAAAACAGUUUGCGCACGAGCUAUGCCUAUUUUGAUGUUACAUUCAUUGCUUUAACGAAACGGUAUUGUUAGAUUUGAUUGUUUGGUUAAUAAUUAUAUCCGUAGGUCAAUGACCGAACCAGAUGCUGUCACAACCAAACUGAUGAUCCUUAACAUUGUUGUUGAUGCCAUCAUUGUUGUAAAGGUGGACAACAAUGUGCUGCGUGGAAUCAGCAAUGCAACAGGUACUGUAUAAUGUCGAAGGUGAUUCUGGUUUAUAUCCCAGCAGAGGACGUACGUCAUCAUAAUGAUGUCUUCUUGUGGUUGAAAUAUGGACGCAAAAUCAGAAUGAAUGCAUUUUGUCUAAUUAUUUCUCAUUGUGAUAUUAUUUUGGCCUCACUCAAUGUCACGGUUUCGGCCGAGACUGCUCCUCCUCCUAGUUCGGGCAGGCUUCGGCGUUCGCCGUCCCCGGAGUACUAGCUGCCACCGCUCUAUGUUUCGUCAUUUGAUUGCUUUUGUCUGUCUGUUACACCUGUGUCCAUUUGUGUGUUGAUUACGUGUCUUAUAAGUUCCUUGUUUUGCACUAGAAUGAUUGUGUGUUGUUAUGACUGCCACUGUGUCGGAGCUACGUGUUUGCACCCUGUUUGUUUUGUGUUUAGUGUUUACGCGUGUGCGUAAAGUUGGUCACAUGAGUAUUCCUGUGAGAUUUCCACAGGUGGCACCUCAUUCCCAGCAUAAGGCGCUAGUAGAUUCAGGCGCAGCUGGGAACUUUAUUGAUCGGGCAUUUUGUUGUAGGUUAGGAAUUCCCCUUCGGCCGGUAGAAGCUCCAUUUCCAGUCCACGCAUUAGACAGCCGGCCGUUGGGGUCGGGCCUGAUCAGGGAGGUCACAGCACCACUGACGAUGACGACGCAGGGGGGUCAUGAGGAGAUCAUUCAGUUUUAUCUGAUUGACUCUCCUACGUACCCCGUGGUGUUGGGCCUUCCCUGGUUAAGCACCCAUGAUCCUACCAUAGCGUGGCAACAGAGGGCUCUUAUGGAGUGGUCUGCCCAGUGUGUAGGGAGAUGUCUAGGUGUUUCCGUAGGGGCGACCUCGGUAGAGAGUCCGAACCAAGUGCUCGCACUGCGCAUUCCCCCUGAGGGCUCUUAUGGAGUGGUCUGCCCAGUGUGUAGGGAGAUGUCUAGGUGUUUCCGUAGGGGCGACCUCGGUAGAGAGUCCGAACCAAGUGCCCGCACUGUGCAUUCCCCCUGAGUAUGAGGAUUUAGCACUCGUGUUUAGCAAAUCGAGGGCAACACGGCUACCUCCUCAUAGACAAGGGGACUGUGCGAUAAAUCUCCAGACAGGAGCGGCUCUUCCACGGAGUCGUGUGUAUCCCCUGUCUCAAGAGGAAACAGCGGCUAUGGAGACUUACAUAGCCGAGUCCUUGGCACAGGGAUACAUACGGUCCUCCACUUCCCCGGUCUCCUCUAGUUUCUUCUUUGUGAAGAAGAAGGACGGGGGAUUGCGCCCGUGUAUUGAUUACCGUAGUCUCAAUCAGAUCACAGUUAAAUACAGUUACCCACUUCCACUGAUUGCGACGAUGACGGAAUCAUUACGCGGAGCGCGGUUCUUCACAAAGUUGGAUCUCAGGAGCGCGUACAAUCUGGUGCGCAUUAGGGAGGGGGAUGAAUGGAAAACAGCAUUUAGCACCACCUCGGGUCAUUACGAGUAUCUCGUCAUGCCAUACGGGUUAAUGAAUGCUCCUUUAGUCUUCCAAUCCUUUGUUGACGAGAUUUUCCGGGACAUGCAUGGGCAGGGUGUAGUAGUUUACAUCGACGACAUCCUAGUGUACUCUUCUACACGAGCCGAGCAUGUAGCCCAGGUGCGCCGAGUGUUGAGAAGACUGUUGGAGCAUGACUUGUAUGUCAAGGCAGAGAAAUGCCUGUUCUUCCAGGAGUCCGUCUCCUUUUUGGGUUAUCGGUUGUCCGCGUCUGGUGUGGAGAUAGAGGUAGACCGGGUAUCGGCCGUGCGUAAUUGGCAAACUCCAACCACUGUAAAAGAGGUGCAGCAGUUCUUGGGUUUUGCUAAUUACUACCGGAGGUUUAUUCGGGGUUUUGGACAGGUUGCAGCUCCCAUUACGUCCCUGCUAAAGGGGGGUCCGGUUCGUUUGCAGUGGUCGGCUGAGGCGGACAGGGCAUUUGUCAAACUAAAGAACCUGUUCACCUCGGCUCCUGUGCUGGCGCAUCCGGAUCCCUCUUUACCAUUCCACAUAGAGGUAGACGCGUCCGAGACCGGUAUUGGGGUAGUUCUGUCACAACGGUCCGGCACGCCACCUAAACUCCGCCCCUGUGCGUUCUACUCCAAUAAGCUCAGCUCGACGGAGCGCAACUAUGAUGUUGGGGACAGGGAGCUGUUAGCCGUAGUCCAGGCCCUAAAGGUGUGGAGGCAUUGGCUUGAGGGGGCUCAACACCCUUUCCUCAUUCUGACUGAUCACCGUAACCUGGAGUACAUCCGGGCAGCUAGGAGAUUGAACCCUCGUCUGGCUAGGUGGAACAUGUUCCUAACCCGGUUUGUUUUUAAGAUCACAUACAUCCCUGGGUCCCAGAAUGGUAAGGCAGACGCCCUGUCCCGGCGGUAUGACACAGAGGAGAGGUCCAACGAGCCUACUUCCAUAUUGCCGGAGUCUUGUUUGGUGGCUCCGGUGGUAUGGGAGGUCGAUGCGGAAAUCGAGCGGGCACUGCGUACCGACCCUACUCCCCCCGAGUGUCCUGUGGGGCGGACGUACGUUCCGCUCGAGAUUCGUGAUCGACUUAUUUAUUGGGCUCAUACAUCACCCUCCUCUGGACAUCCAGGUAUUGGCCGGACCGUGCACUGUCUUAGCAUGAAAUACUGGUGGCCAACGUUAGCUAGGGAUGUGAGGGUUUAUGUCUCCUCCUGCUCGGUGUGUGCCCAGUGUAAGGCGCCUAGACAUUUGCCCAGGGGUAAGCUACAUCCCCUGCCCGUUCCACAACGACCAUGGUCCCACCUAUCGGUGGAUUUCGUAACCGACCUACCCCCCUCCCAGGGGAAUACCACCAUUUUGGUCGUUGUGGAUCGGUUUUCCAAGGCCUGUCGUCUCCUUCCCAUGCCGGGUCUCCCUACUGCCCUACAAACCGCUGAGGCCCUAUUUACCCAUGUGUUCCGGCACUAUGGGGUCCCCGAGGAUAUAGUGUCUGACCGAGGUCCCCAGUUCACCUCCAGAGUUUGGGGGGCGUUCAUGGGACGGUUGGGGGUCUCGGUAAGCCUUACCUCGGGGUACCACCCAGAGAGCAAUGGGCAGGUGGAACGUGUCAACCAGGAUGUGGGUAGGUUUUUGAGGUCCUAUUGCCGGGACCGGCCGGAGGAGUGGUCUAGGUUCAUCCCCUGGGCAGAGAUGGCCCAGAACUCUCUCCGCCACUCCACACCUUUCCAGUGUGUUUUAGGUUAUCAGCCGGUCCUGGCACCAUGGCACGAGAGCCAGAUCGAGGCCCCUGCGGUGGACGAGUGGAUUCGGCGCUCGGAGGAGACGUGGGACGCUGCCCAUGUCCAUCUGCAGCGUGCCAUCCGUCAACAAAAGGCGAGCGCCGAUCGCCACCGCAGUGAGGGACCGGUGUACGCACCGGGAGAUCGAGUCUGGCUCUCGACUCGAAACCUGCCCCUCCGCCUGCCCUGCCGGAAGCUGGGUCGGCGGUUUGUGGGGCCCUUCAAAGUCCUGAGAAGAUUGAACGAGGUGUGUUACAGGUUACAACUGCCUAUAGAGUAUAAAAAUAUUAACCCCUCGUUCCAUGUGUCUCUUCUCAGGCCGGUGGUAGCUGGCCCACUCCAAGAAGAUGAGAUAGGAGAGACCCCUCCGCCCCCUUUGGACAUCGAGGGGGCCCCGGCGUACAGGGUCCGGACCAUCUUGGACUCGAGGCGCCGGAUGAGUGGUCUCCAGUAUCUCGUGGAGUGGGAGGGGUACGGUCCGGAGGAACGGUGCUGGGUGCCCAGGAGGGACAUACUCGAUCCAUCCCUCCUGACUGAGUUUCACCGUGGGCAUCCCACGCGCCCGGGUCCGCGUCCUCCUGGCCGUCCCCGAGGCCGGGGUCGGCGCACGGCUGGAGCCGCGCGUCAAGGGGGGGGGGUACUGUCACGGUUUCGGCCGAGACUGCUCCUCCUCCUAGUUCGGGCAGGCUUCGGCGUUCGCCGUCCCCGGAGUACUAGCUGCCACCGCUCUAUGUUUCGUCAUUUGAUUGCUUUUGUCUGUCUGUUACACCUGUGUCCAUUUGUGUGUUGAUUACGUGUCUUAUAAGUUCCUUGUUUUGCACUAGAAUGAUUGUGUGUUGUUAUGACUGCCACUGUGUCGGAGCUACGUGUUUGCACCCUGUUUGUUUUGUGUUUAGUGUUUACGCGUGUGCGUAAUUUUCCCUCGCCUCUUGGUGUAUUUUGAGGUCGGGGUUUUUUCUCGUAAACAUUAGACUAUUAAAGUCUGUUGGACUUAACCUCUGUGUCCUGCGCCUGACUCCUCCACCACAUCCACAUCGGUUCUAGUGACACUCAAAAGUGCACACAAGAACACAAGCAAAAUGGAGGCAGCAUUCCAAAUGUUUCAACAUGAAAUUUACUGCGGUUGUGAUCAAAAAUGUUUUUAAGCAUAUCUUAAAAUCAAAUCAAAUCAAAUUUUAUUGGUCACAUGCGCCGAAUACAACAGGUGCAGACAUUACAGUGAAAUGCUUACUUACAGCCCUUAACCAACAGUGCAUUUAUUUUAAACAAAAAAGUAAGAAUAAAACAACAACAAAAAAGUGUUGAGAAAAAAAGAGCAGAAGUAAAAAAUAAAGUGACAGUAGGGAGGCUAUAUAUACAAUAGAAUAAAGUGACAGUAGGGAGGCUAUAUAUACAGGGGGGUACCGUUGCAUAGUCAAUGUGCGGGGGCACCGGCUAGUUGAGGUAAUAUGUACAUGUGGGUAGAGUUAAAGUGACUAUGCAUAAAUACUUAACAGAGUAGCAGCAGCGUAAAAAGGAUGGGGUGGGGGGGCAGUGCAAAUAGUCCGGGUAGCCAUGAUUAGCUGUUCAGGAGUCUUAUGGCUUGGGGGUAGAAGCUGUUGAGAAGUCUUUUGGACCUAGACUUGGCACUCCGGUACCGCUUGCCGUGCGGUAGCAGAGAGAACAGUCUAUGACUAGGGUGACUGGAGUCUUUGACAAUUUUGAGGGCCUUCCUCUGACACCGCCUGGUAUAGAGGUCCUGGAUGGCAGGGAGCUUUGCCCCAGUGAUGUACUGGGCCGUACGCACUACCCUCUGUAGUGCCUUGCGGUCAGAGGCCAAGCAGUUGCCAUACCAGGCGGUGAUGCAACCAGUCAGGAUGCUCUCGAUGGUGCAGCUGUAGAAUUUUUUGAGGAUCUGAGGACCCAUGCCAAAUCUUUUUAGUCUCCUGAGGGGGAAUAGGCUUUGUCGUGCCCUCUUCACGACUGUCUUGGUGUGUUUGGACCAUGAUAGUUCGUUGGUGAUGUGGACACCAAGGAACUUGAAGCUCUCAACCUGUUCCACUACAGCCCCGUCGAUGAGAAUGGGGGCGUGCUCAGUCCUCUUUUUUUUCCUGUAGUCCACAAUCAUCUCCUUUGUCUUGGUCACGUUGAGGGAGAGGUUGUUGUCCUGGCACCACACGGCCAGAUCUCUGACCUCCUCCCUAUAGGCUGUCUCAUCGUUGUCGGUGAUCAGGCCUACCACUGUUGUGUCGUCGGCAAACUUAAUGAUGGUGUUGGAGUCGUGCCUGGCCAUGCAGUCAUGGGUGAACAGAGAGUACAGGAGGGGACUGAGCACGCACCCCUGAGGGGCCCCCGUGUUGAGGAUCAGUGUGGCAGAUGUGUUGUUACCUACCCUUACCACCUGGGGGCGGCCCGUCAGGAAGUCCAGGAUCCAGUUGCAGAGGGAGGUGUUUAGUCCCAGGAUCCUUAGCUUAGUGAUGAGCUUUGAGGGCACUAUGGUGUUGAAUGCUGAGCUGUAGUCAAUGAAUAGCAUUCUCACGUAGGUGUUCCUCUUGUCCAGGUGGGAAAGGGCAGUGUGGAGUGCGAUAGAGAUUGCAUCAUCUGUGGAUCUGUUGGGGCGGUAUGCAAAUUGGAGUGGGUCUAGGGUUUCUGGGAUUAUGCUGUUGAUGUGAGCCAUGACCAGUCUUUCAAAGCACUUCAUGGCUACAGACGUCAGUGCCACGGGUCGGUAGUCAUUUAGGCAGGUUAUCUUAGAGUUCUUGGGCACGGGGACUAUGGUGGUCUGCUUGAAACAUGUUGGUAUUACAGACUCAGUCAGGGACAUGUUGAAAAUGUCAGUGAAGACACUUGCCAGUUGGUCAGCACAUGCUCGGAGUACACGUCCUGGUAAUCCGUCUGGCCCUGCGGCCUUGUGAAUGUUGACCUGCUUAAAAGUCUUACUCACAUCGGCUACGGAGAGCGUGAUCACAUAGUCGUCCGGAACAGCUGGUGCUCUCAUGCAUGCUUCAGUGUUGCUUGCCUCGAAGCGAGCAUAGAAGUGGUUUAGCUCGUCUGGUAGGCUUGUGUCACUGGGCAGCUCGCGGCUGUGCUUCCCUUUGUAGUCUGUAAUAGUUUUCAAGCCCUGCCACAUCCGACGAGCGUCAGAGCCAGUGUAGUAUGAUUCAAUCUUAGACCUGUAUUGACUCUUUGCCUGUUUGAUGGUUCGUCGGAGGUCAUAGCGGGAUUUCUUAUAAGCGUCCGGGUUAGAGUCCCGUUCCUUGAAAGCGGCAGCUCUACCCUUUAGCUCAGUGCGGAUGUUUCCUGUAAUCCAUGGCUUCUGGUUGGGGUAUGUACGUACGGUCACUGUGGGGACGACAUCAUCGAUGCACUUAUUGAUGAAGCCAGUGACUGAUGUGGUGUACUCCUCAAUGCUGUCUGAAGAAUCCCUGAACAUGUUCCAGUCUGUGCUAGCAAAACAGUCCUGUAGCUUAGCAUCUGCGUCAUCUGACCACUUUUUUAUUAGCCGAGUCACUGGUGCUUCCUGCUUCAGUUUUUGCUUAUAAGCAGGAAUCAGGAGGAUAGAGUUAUGGUCAGAUUUGCCAAAUGGAGGGCGAGGGAGAGCUUUGUAUGCGUCUCUGUGUGUGGAGUAAAGGUGGUCUAGAGUUUUUUCCCCUCUGGUUGCACAUUUAACAUGCUGGUAGAAAUGAGGUAGAACGGAUUUAAGUUUCCCUGCAUUAAAGUCCCCUGCUACUAGGAGCGCUGCAUCUGGAUGAGCGUUUUCCUGUUGAUUAAUGGCCUUGUACAACUCAUUCAGUGCAAUCUUAAUGCCAGCAUUGGUUUGUGGUGGUAAAUAGACAGCUAUGAAAAGUAUAGAUGAAAACUCUCUUGGUAAAUAGUGUGGUCUACAGCUUAUCAUAAGAUACUCUACCUCAGGCGAGCAAAACCUUGAGACUUCCUUAGUAUUUGAUUUUGUGCACCAGCUGUUGUUUACAAAAAUACAGAGACCGCCACCCCUCGUCUUACCCGAGUCUGCCGUUCUGUCCUGCCGAUGUAGCGUAUAGCCUGCUAGCUGAAUGUUGUCAUUGUUGUCAUUCAGCCACGACUCCGUGAAACAUAAGAUAUUACAGUUUUUAAUGUCCCGUUGGUAGGAUAACCGUAAUCUUAAAUCGUCCAUUUUAUUAUCCAAAGCUUGAACGUUGGCUAAUAGGCUAAUAGGAUUGAUGGGAGAGGCAGUUUACUCGUUCGCCGUCGGAUCUUUACAAGGCACCCCGACCUACGUCCACGGUAUCUCCGUCUCUUCCUCACGCGAAUGACGGGGAUCUGGGCCUUGUCUGGAGUCUGUAGAAUAUCCUUCGCGAACGCCUCGUUGAAGAAAAAGUGCUCGUCCAACGCGAGGUGAGUAAUCGCUGUCCUGAUAUCCAGAAGCUCUCUUUGGUUAUAAGAGACGAUGGCAUAAACAUUAUGUACAAAAUAAAUUACAAAUAACGCGGAAAAACACACAUAAUAGUACAAUUGGUUAGAGGGCUGUAAAACGGCAGCCAUCUUCUUCCGGCGCUGUUCAUGAGCAUAUGUCAUAAUAUUACAGUUUAUCGUAAUAUAGGUGACAAUUGACAUUAAAUUAUACUUUAUAACAGGGUUGUAAAGGGUUUAAAAUCUUGAUGUACUUAGUUUCUUAAUCACUAACGUUAGUGGUGUAGUUUUUAUUUUGUUGCAUCCAUUUACAGCCAGUGUGCGUUUUCUUGAAAGUUUGAAUUGCAUUUGGUUCAAUUAAGAUGACACAGCAGUCUACAGUGUAAUAAAAUGUGAUGCAGCCAUUGGGUGUUUUUUUGAGCCCCUACAUAACGAUGGCCUAUUUGUAUUCAUAUUUGCUUCAAGUAAUAACAAUGAAGCAACUGAAUCCAUCCAUCAUGUAUUCUGGUAGGAGGGUGUUGUUUCAAACCAGAGAUGAGUAAAGCUGGUCUGAAGCUCUUUGAAAUGGAAACCGUUCUGUCUUUGGAGAUGAGGAAGCUGAAGAAGAAAUUGGACCCAUCCUACAUUCGGAGCGAGGUAUGAUCUAUUAAAUGAAACCUAUUCAAAUAGGACAAAUGUUUCCAUGUAUUUUAUAUAAAAUAAUACGAUUCUUGUUCUUUAUUUUACUCUUUACUUUAUUUUACUCUUAUUAUUAUCUGUCCUGAUGCCUAGUCACUUUACCCUGCCUUCAUGUACAUAUCUACCUCAAAUUCCUUAUUAUUAUCUAUCCUGAUGCCUAGUCACUUUAGCCUGCCUUCAUGUACAUACAGUGGGGAGAACAAGUAUUUGAUACACUGCCAAUUUUGCAGGUUUUCCUACUUACAAAGCACGUAGAGGUCUGUAAUAUUUAUCAUAGGUACACUUCAACUGUGAGAGACGGAAUCUAAAACAAAAAUCCAGAAAAUCACAUUGUAUGAUUUUUAAGUAAUUAAUUUGCAUUUUAUUGCAUGACAUAAGUAUUUGAUCACCUACCAACCAGUAAGAAUCCCGGCUCUCACAGACCUGUUAAUUUUUCUUUAAGAAGCCCUCCUGUUCUCCACUCAUUACCUGUAUUAACUGCACCUGUUUGAACUCGUUACCUGUAUAAAAGACACCUGUCCACACACUCAAUCAAACAGACUCCAACCUCUCCACAAUGGCCAAGAUCAGAGAGCUGUGUAAGGACAUCAGGGAUAAAAUUGUAGACCUGCACAAGGCUGGGAUGGGCUACAGGACAAUAGGCAAGCAGCUUGGUGAGAAGGCAACAACUGUUGGCGCAAUUAUUAGAAAAUGGUCAAUCACCCUCGGUCUGGGGCUCCAUGCAAGAUCUCACCUCGUGGGGCAUCAAUGAUCAUGAGGAAGGUGAGGGAUCAGCCCAGAACUACACGGCAGGACCUGGUCAAUGACCUGAAGAGAGCUGGGACCACAGUCUCAAAUAAAAUAUUAGUAACACACUACGCCGUCAUGGAUUAAAAUCCUGCAGCGCACGCAAGGUCCCCCUGCUCAAGCCAGCGCAUGUCCAGGCCCGUCUGAAGUUUGCCAAUGACCAUCUGGAUGAUCCAGAGGAGGAAUGGGAGAAGGUAAUGUGGUCUGAUGAGACAAAAAUAGAGCUUUUUGGUCUAAACUCCACUCGCCGUGUUUGGAGGAAGAAGGAUGAGUACAACCCCAAGAACACCAUCCCAACCGUGAAGCAUGGAGGUGGAAACAUCAUUCUUUGGGGAUACUUUUCUGCAAAGGGGACAGGACGACUGCACCGUAUUGAGGGGAGGAUGGAUGGGGCCAUGUAUCGCGAGAUCUUGGCCAACAACCUCCUUCCCCCAGUAAGAGCAUUGAAGAUGAGUCGUGGCUGGGUCUUCCAGCAUGACAACGACCCGAAACACACAGCCAGGGCAACUAAGGAGUGGCUCCGUAAGAAGCAUCUCAAGGUCCUGGAGUGGCCUAGCCAGUCUCCAGACCUGAACCCAAUAGAAAAUCUUUGGAGGGAGCUGAAAGUCCGUAUUGCCCAGCGACAGCCCCGAAACCUGAAGGAUCUGGAGAAGGUCUGUAUGGAGGAGUGGGCCAAAAUCCCUGCUGCAGUGUGUGCAAACCUGGUCAAGACCUACAGGAAACGUAUGAUCUCUGUAAUUGCAAACAAAGGUUUCUGUACCAAAUAUUAAGUUCUGCUUUUCUGAUGUAUUAAAUACUUAUGUCAUGCAAUAAAAUGCAAAUUAAUUACUUAAAAAUCAUACAAUGUGAUUUUUUAGAUUCUUGUUUUAGAUUCCGUCUCUCACAGUUGAAGUGUACCUAUGAUACAAAUUACAGACCUCUACAUGCUUUGUAAGUAGGAAAACCUGCAAAAUCGGCAGUGUAUCAAAUACUUGUUCUCCCCACUGUAUCUACCUCAAAUACCUUAUUAUUAUCUAUCCUGAUGCCUAGUCACUUUACCCUGCCUUCAUGUACAUAUCUACCUCAAAUACCUCUUACACCUGCACAUUGAUCUGGUACUGGUACUCCCUGUAUAUAGCUUAAUUAUUGUGUAUUUUAUUCCUCUUGUGUUACUAUUUGUAUGAUUUUUAAAACUUUGCACCGUUGGGAAGGGCUCGUAAGCAAGCAUUUUACGGUAAAGUUGCAUGUGACAAAUACAUUUUUAUUUUAUUUAAAUAUGGAAGUUAAUAACAUUGAUAUUAAAUUGUACUGAACAAUGCUCAUUUGCCUCUACAGAAAGUUCUAGUUGCUCUCUUCGCCAACCGAGGUUAUGAUGAGAAGCCAGAGGUUGCUCUGCCAAGUCGACUAAAUUAUAAAGUGGACUGGGACAGAGAGGUAAGUGCAAUUCCAUUAUCAGCAUUUAAUUCUGGGAUCCAAUUCCAUCGCAAACUGUCAUUUACUUCCACUACUAACUACUAUUCAAGAAGCAUUUAUAUAAUGUUGAAAUUGAGGUACACUACUUUAUUGCUCUAACAAAACUAAUAUGUCACAAAAUAGUGCAUUGAAAAAGAAGAUCCAGGAAUCCAAGAGCGGCCGCUUUUUAGAGAAGGACAAACGCCUUCUGGAAGAGCUGAAGAGCCUGCACUGUGACCCACACCCAUUCUGCACUGUUUUGCCUUCAGAGUCAGACUUUAGUAAGUAAACAUUAUUGGGGUAUUGUUUUAAGUGUUAUUGAUCUGGUAACGCUUAGUAUAAAUAUACUUUUCAUAAUGAUUUAUAAUAACAUUGUUAAUGCUUGAUAUACUCUAUAUGGACCGUGACAGUAACAGCCUCAAGUUAUUGGUUUGUUUGCUUGACUGUAAAGUGGUCAAAUCAACCUCCCAUCCAGAUGACCAGUUGGUUAUUAUUUGAAUCAUUUUGCACAAUAUUGUCUAAAACAUUUAGCCCCUCUGAUUCCAUACCUUUCAGCAUUUUUGGAAGAUUCUCAUGCAAGGCCCUCCUGAUACACCUUAUGAGGAUGGAGUCUUUGAGUUGUACUGUCAGUUUGGGGCUGACUACCCAGUCAAACCUCCACUUGUGCGCUUUGUCACACCUGUAUCCUUCUACACAAUGAAAACAUGGAAGACAGUGUUUAUUCUUAUUGCCUAUGUCAUACAUUUUAUAAUUCUAUCCAGUUGAUUGAUGCUUUUUUCAGUUAUGUAAAAUCCUCAAUGUGGACAAAGGUGUACCGCUGUAACAUAAACAGUGUGGGUCGUAUCUGGCACAACAUAUUUGGUCGCAGCUACAACACUCCCAUAACCAUGAGAGAGAUCUUGGAUGCUGUGGAUGGAGUUCAUCAGCUCAUCGUUCCUGAACCCCAAGAUCCACUGGACAGGUUGGCUUCAAGUUGUUUGAUGACCACACUGUAUACAAGGGUGGUGUUAACUCUGAUUCUAAAAUAA